AUGAUCGUUCAGACAUUAACACGUACGUUGCGAUGUCCUCAAGAGCCACGAAUGACAAGACUGACUGGCGACAGCGACUGGGUCCAUGACCGCUACGAGAACGACGACGGACAGCCGGCACGCCACGAUCGCCGAGCACCAGCAGAUUUCCAACCGAUCACUCGUGGAGCAAGGCAAGACCCGGGCGGCACCACCGUCCGGAUAGACGAUCUCGACUAUGACGUGACUGAAGAAGAUCUUAUGACCAUCGGCACGAAGAUCGGUCAGGUCGUAUCUGUUAAGAUUCUGUACGACCGUAUGGACCGCUCGGAGGGCACGGCGUUCGUCACCUUCGAGCACAACAGCGACGCGCAGGAGGCGGCAGCGGUAUGGAACGGCAUGGAGGCUAAUCACCAAUCCAUCAAAGUUACACUGCUGCCCUCGGCUCCUGCGGCAUCCGCACCGCGUCCGCUUGUCGAUCGUGUUCAGCGUCCGGAGCGUCCGGUGCAUGGGGGCCGUAGCCUGUUCGACCGCAUAACGGGCGGGCCGGAUCCUGGCUACAGUCGUGAUGCAGUCGAGCUGGACUAUGGAGACGACCCUCAAGCGUAUCGUCCAGACUAUCGAUCGGAUACUCGUCAACCGUACCGCCCAGACUACUACUCGGAUUCUCAUCAACCACACCGCCAGGACUACUACUCCGACCCUCGUCAGCAACCCCGUCAAGACAACGGCUACGAAGGGUACGACAGGCGGUACGACAGGCCACGCAGUGCUAGUCCACGACGCCGCCCCCCACCGCCAGCCGACAUUGAUCGCUACGCGCCAUCUGACCGCAGGGCGCGCUCUCGUUCACCAACGCGCUCGCGUCAGCCAGCCCGUCCUCGUGCACGUUCGCCUACCCGCCGUCGCCCCGACCCUCGCGAGUCUGGCCGUCGCCCGGAAGCGCGUCGUGAAGACAGCAGACGUGGUGCCAGGCCCAGCAGGACUGAUGAGGAAGGACGCCCGCUGGUUGGUGGCCGCCCUCGCAAGACUGCGGAUGAGCUCGACGCUGAGAUGGAGGGCUACUGGGCUGCUAAGGCUGCUGCGGAGGCGGAAGAAGCUAACGAGAACGGCACUACUGCUGCCCCGAAGGCUGCGCCGGCUCCUGCAACCUACACUGAGCCCGGGCUUGACGACGAUAUCGACAUGAUCGAGUGA